UCGAGAACGUUAUCAUCUUGUUUCUCCAAAUAAGACGAUGCUACAAAAAAAUUCGUUCAAACAAGAAGUUACAAAAAAAUUUGAGGGAGAGAAAAAAAUAAAAUUGUUCUAAAGUUUCUUAAACUAUUUACGUUCUUUCAAGUUUUUACUUCGGCGUUAUUAUACUUUAAAGAAAUACGAUAGCGCACUAUAGUAUUAAAAUCAAUGAGGAGCACAUUGGGCUUCGUAAACAACCCCUGGCAACCACUUUGCUGUUUCUUAUCGCCCACUCUUAAAAUUGAACGUUUUGAAUUAAUUACAUGUCCAUCUGAUAACAAUUCCUCACGGGUUCGUGCCAGCUUCCUCGAAUUCGUGAAAAGACGUAUCGUAACUUACAAUUAGCAAUUGGUUCACGUGAGUGAGGGGGUGAAAGCGGAGAUGUUAGGGGUGAAAGAAUAUAUGUUCGCGACCUAUAAAUGCUCACGAAAUUCCGGCUACGAACUCAGUACGUUUGCAAUGUUGUUGCUAACUUGAUGAAAUCCAUUGGCAAAAUAAAAGUUCUAUUUGAAGCGUACAAAAAUGGAUGAGGCUGUUAUCGACUCGAUCUUCGCGGGAUCAUUAAAAUCCCUGCCACCUGUUAGCUCUAAAAUCGUUAGAAUUUUUACCAGCUCCACUUUCACUGACACAACGAUGGAGAGGAACACGUUGAUGGCGCAAUGUUACCCCAAGAUCAAAGACUAUUGCAGAGAAAAACAUGGAUUGGAGUUUCAGGUGGUUGAUAUGAGAUGGGGCGUGAGGGACGAAGCCACCGACGAUCACAUGACAACAGAACUGUGCAUGAGGGAAAUUGAGAAUUGCCAGAGGCUCUCGAUGGGCCCGAAUUUUGUGGUAUUUCUUGGGCAAAAAUAUGGCUAUCGUCCUAUCCCGACGUACAUCGUCAGUUCAGAAUUAGAAAUGAUACAUGCAGAAUUAGAAAGUCAAGGGGUGGACGUAAGUCUUUUUGAUAAAUGGUACAAAAAGGACAGCAACGCGGUGCCACCGACGAGUAUCCUGCAACCGAUAUCAUCGAUCUUGAAAAACUUUAACAAUAAAAGAAUACCGAAAUUGCAACAAGAGGACCAGGCCAUUUGGUGGGACACGAUGGUAAAAAUGCAGAAACUAUUUCGAAAGGGUGCGCAAUCAUUGUUCAACAAUGGCAAAUUCGACAAAGACACUAUGCAUAAUUACUUCAUGUCAGUUACUGAAAGAGAAGUGAUCAAUGGUGUAUUGAACGUAAAGAACACCAAAAAUCACUGUCUGGCGUAUAUAAGGUACAUAAACAACAUCAAUCUGCAAAACUUGAGAAAAGCGAAUUUGUUCUUGGAUAUUGCUAACAGAAGCUUGGACAACGAAGCUUCGAAAUUAUUAGCAAAUCUGAGGGAUGAGAGGCUCCCCGCGAAAAUCGAAAGCACGAACAUGCAGAGGUAUACUGUGGAAUGGAUAGGAAGAGAAGGUUUAGAUCCAGAAACUCACAGUGAAUAUCUUCAACAUUUCAUAACGCAUUUCUACCGAAACAUCGUGAAACUAGUAGAUCGCGCGAUGAGGAAAGAAGACAGUUCCGCCCAGGGACAGAUAAUAACAGAAAUGUUACAGCAUCUGCACGCGUGCAACAAUUCUGUCAGAGUAUUUUAUGGCAGGGAGGACACGUUGGUGUGUAUCAAAGAGUACAUGUUGGGCGAUAGCGAUAAGCCUUUGGUGUUAUACGGAGAGGGUGGAUGCGGGAAAACUUCUUUACUAGCAAAGAGCGCAGGUUUGACGAACAGCGCGUGGCUCACUGACAAAAAGCCAAUAAACAUAAUUCGAUUCCUUGGCACCACACCAGACAGCAGCGCGCUAACUCCCAUGUUGAUUUCAAUUUGUCAACAAAUUUCGUACAACUUUAUGCUACCAUUCGAAGAAAUCCCGGAUGAUUUAGUACCACUGACUGCUUACUUCAAAUAUUUAUUAACUCUGGCAACAACUGAGCAGCCGAUUCUACUGUUUUUGGAUAGCGUCGAUCAAUUAACAGGAGUUCAGGGAAACAAACUGUCUUGGUUGCCUACUAGACUUCCGGCAAAUUGCAAAAUGAUUCUGUCAUGCGCUGCUGAAGAAUCGAACCCCGUUAUCUCUCGCGAUUAUCAAUUAUUGCGCCGUAUAAUAGACACCGAGGAACAUUUUAUUGAAGUCGUUGCCUUAGGCGAAGACCUUGCCAUGGAAGUGAUAAGGAUGUGGAUGAAAACAGCUCACAGGGAUUUAAACAAUUACCAAUGGCGUCUUGUGGCGAACGCGAUAUCGAAAUGCUCGUUACCAAUUUUCGUGAAAUUAGUAUUCGCCGAGAUCUGCAGGUGGAGAAGCUACACGAAACCAGCUGACACGCAUUUAACAUCCACGGUGAUGGACAGUAUCAUGAUGCUGUUCGAAAGGAUUGAAAAGCAGCAUGGAAAAAUAUUGGUUUUCCAUGCAUUGGCUUAUAUCACCGCUGCAAAGUCGGGUUUGUCAGAAUCCGAGCUUGAAGAUUUGAUCUCGUUGGACGACAAGGUUUUGGACGACGUGUACCAAUACCAUUUACCCCCGGUUAGACGAAUCCCACCGUUGCUCUGGACCAGAAUACGAAACGAUUUACCUAAUUAUUUGAGCGAGAGGGAAGCCGACGGCGUUAGCGUUCUUAAUUGGUACCACAGACAAUUCCGGGACACGGCUAAGGAAAGAUACUUCAAGAACAUGAACAUGGCUAUGUACUUCCAUUCGAUGAUCGCUGACUAUUACCUUGGCAUAUGGGGAGGUGGACGACCGAAACCGUUCAAAUAUACAGAAAUUCAGAGGCAUCGAUUUAAUUUAGCAGACAAGGAAGGUGUGGCAGAUAGGAAGGUACCAGAACAGCCGUUGGCAUUUUACUCGAAAGAAGGAACCAUAACAAGAUAUAAUUUAAGAAAGUUCGGUGAAUUGCCUUUCCAUUUGGUCCGGUCAAGACGAUUUAACGAUUUGUUCGAAAACGUACUCUUCAACUACGAAUGGCUUCAUGCGAAGCUAAGCUCCUGUCCACUGCAAGCGGUGCUCUCAGAUUUUGAAGACGCGUGCAAUUUCAUCGAUAACCAAAGCAUUGUCAGAGAACUUAUGUUGGUCGCUGACGCGCUGCGUUUAGGUGGUGCAAUUUUGGGUUCCCACCCAAAUAUGCUUGCGCCACAAUUAAUAGGUCGAUUGUUACCGGAAAUCGGUGGGAACGUGAACGUGAAAAUGCUUCUUAGGGCCUGUGACAACGACGGCGCGAAGAACUGCGCCUUGCUUCCGGUUUAUCAUUGUCUGCACACUCCCGGAGGGCCGCUAAAAUACUCGUUGGAGGGCCAUCAGUUCGCUGUAUUCGGGUUUUGCCUAACGUCGGAUUACCGUCAUGUCGUGUCGAUAUCCAACCGAUUUAUCACCUGGGAUUUAAGCACCAGCGACAUGACCAGGGACGUGAAUCCUGGGGUAGAGGGAAUCAUGCAGAACCUUGUACUGAGUCCUGAUAACAGAUACGCCACCGCGUUUACCACUAACAACCAGAGCGUCGUUUUAAACACCCUGACGAGUGAAUUCGUUAUAAUCGAUAACCCGCUUCCAAACGAGGAUCCAGUUUACGGAGUCCAUAUGACAAAUCAGUUUGUCUUCGUGUAUGGAAAGUUAGGCUGGUGCAGAUUUGACCUGCGUGGAAACUUGCUAGAAACGCGUACGAAUCCGGAGGAUUCUAACAAGUGGCCAAUUCUGCGUAAGUCGAACAAAAGAAAACUGAUCGGUUUAGAAAAUUCUAAGAGGUGUUGUCAACCAACAGGUGUGGAACACGCGAAUCUGAACGAUUAUAUAAUAAUAUUCUGGUCUGGGAACAUAGAAGAGACCAAUAUGCUCUUGCACACUUACAGGAAGAAGGGACCUCUAGACCCUUUGUUAUUCCAUAGCGUUAUAGUUAUGACAAAGAAUAAGACCGUUCUUUACGCUUGUACCACGAAAGACGAUUACCGAGUUACGAAGUACACUUGCGACGAAACCUCAUCCCAAUGGGAGAGAGCCUUCGAUAUGCCACGGGCUUUUAACGAUGAUAUUGAGUACUUGUUACAGUUGAAACUCGACCGAGAAGAGGAAAUGCUUUUGGCCACCAGUGCCAACGGUUUCGUCGUCUGGUUCUUAGAAAGCAAGAGCGACGCUUACGUUCUGAUGUUGCCGAACGGAGUUCGUAACAUCCGUACUAAGAUGUUGUGCUCGAAUUCGAUCAUGGUCAGUGGUACCAAAAAUUAUGCGGUCGCCGGUGUGAGGAAAAAUUUGUACAUUUGGAAUCUCGAGACGACGGAGCUGGUAAAAGUAUUGGACGCUCAUUUUGCGAGGAUUAUUCAACUGGAAGCGCUGACUGUUGGAAACUGGAACAGCGUGGUAACGUCCAGUAUUGACAGAAGCGUGAAAGUCUGGAAUAUAAAUAACAUUUUCGAGCAGGUCCACGUGAUAGACAGACACGAGUUACAGAUCGACAUGAUAAGUCUGGCGGAGAAAUGCAAUUUGGCGGCUAUCGUGACCAGAGACUGCGUAGGGAUUUGGGACUUACAAACGGGGAAGCUGAUCUCGAAGUUGGCUGAUAGCCCUUUGGGCGCGAUUGUCACACAUGCAUGUAUGACACACGAUGGGAAAUAUAUCGUCUCGACGGAGUCGGGGAACGUGUUGAUUUGGAACAGAAUUACGGAGCAGGUGUUGUUCAAAGAAGAACAACAGCACGUGAGGCAGUUGACGUUGGUCGAAAGUUCGACGAAAUUUAUGGCAGUUUCGAGGCCGAAAAAUCCUGCUGGUGUCGAGAGUAUGAAAACGAUUGCUACUCUAUUCAUGCGAACCAUUCCUGAUGGGAAAACCGUGUUCACUCUGGAGUAUUUAGUCAGAAGUCAAACGGGCACGCCGUUCCGAAACGUCGUGAUUACUUCUGACAAUUCUUUCUUAAUUGCACCAGCGGCUGACAAGGGUAACAGAGAUUGCAUUAUUAUUUAUAAUGCGAAGACAGGCGCGUUAUUAAGCAAAGUACCAGUAAAAUUGCCGGGAUUUAAAGAUAUUCUUUGCGUCAUUCCUAUGCCAAAUAAACCACAUUGGGUAGGAAUAAUCGGGUCUGAUAAGGGUACUAUCUUGGAUAUCAAUAAGAAGAAGUUUAUUCGUACAAUUCCAAAAUGGAGUGGGAAUAUUAGCAAAGAUGGGAAAUACACUUUAUACGCACCCAGCAGGGGCGGUUUAGAACUUCUGGAGUUAAAGAAAGGUACCACAGUGAAGGUCUACAUUCCAAAGGUGGCUGAGGGUGUUUUCACUGUAAUAUCCAUGUUUAAUCAUACAGAUGAAUAUGUUCUCUAUUAUCACAGUGGAAGGAAGACUAUACGUGUGUUUAGAUCGUCGGACUGUGAAAUGAUAGCUAAUUAUAGGGUUCAAGCAGAACUGAGUGCCAUCGAUAGCACGUAUGAUGGUAAAAGCAUAGUAUUGGGAACUGUUGAUGGUUGCGUGUCUGUCUUAGCUAUUGCAGAUCCCAAGAAGGAAGAGAUGAAGGAGUAUAUUGCAAACCUACCAUCUCGAGACGAAGAUUGGAAAAGGAAAACUGAAAAGCAACGCGCGGCAAUUAAGUUCAAAGCCGCUGCUCGAAUCGCCAGAGUAACUUAUGACUUAAAUGCGAUUAUACGAAACACGAGCGUAGCCGAGACGAUCGAGGAAUUAGAUGAAAACGUGGAAUAAGGAUUACUUCCCUCAGGAAAAUUUUUUUCUGUUAUAGAUGUGUAUGUAGCAUAGCGUGGAUUUGUUUUCGUCUCGUAUAAAUAGGAUUAGCAUAAGCGAAAGGGCAAUAAACUGUGAAUGUUGAUAAUAGAA